GACAGUUUUUGUUUUUGGGACAGAAUAGUUAGUCUGACCGUUCUACCUUGCAAAUUGAAAACAGGGACGAGGUGAUUAGAAAGUUGCGAUUUCGAACAAGCAGAGAAGUUUGACAUCCCUUCCGUAGCCGAAGAUCGCAGGAAUGGAACCUCCCCAAGGAAAUUCGACCACGAGGGAUUACGAGGUGUUCUUAAGCUUCAGAGGGCCGGACACUCGCUUAACCAUGACCGACACUCUCUAUGCGGCCAUGAUCCGGGCCGGGAUACGCGUCUUCAAAGACGACGAAAAGCUCCGCGUCGGGGAAGAGAUCGGAGGCGAGCUUCUGAGAGCAAUCUCCAAUUCGAAGAUCUACGUACCGAUCUUCUCUAAAGACUACGCUUCCAGUAAAUGGUGCCUCCGCGAGCUGGCGUACAUGGUGGCGUGUAGAAAGAGAGGCGAGAAAGUGAUCUUGCCCAUCUUCUACGACGUGGAUGCAUCCGAUGUUAAGCUCAAAACUGGAUCGUAUGGGAAGGCCCUACAGAAGCACGAGCGAGAGUCCGGUGUAGAUGCGGCGAAGCAGUGGGAGGAGGCCCUGAGAGAGGUCGCCGGAAUCAAGGGAUGGAACUUAAAAGAUCACGGCCAAGAUAAACUUACAGCACUUGUUGUGGAAGAUGUUCUUCGUAAGCUGGGAUGGUCUAUGCAGAGAGACUGGCGUGAUGACUUGGUGGGAGUUGAGGAUCAGAUGGAAGCUCUUAUGGAGCUGUUAAGCCAAGGCACUCCCGAUGUUCGAUUUGUGGUGAUUCACGGCAUGGGCGGUAUCGGAAAAACAACUCUUGCUAGAGCCAUCUUCAGGCGCAUCUCUUCUCAGUUUCAAUGUUUCAGCUUUCUUUCAGAUGUCCGUGCAGACAAUGUUGUAAGUCUGCAGCAGAAAUUAGUACGUGACCUUCCCGGUAUGAGACGUCUUGAUAUUAUGGAUGCUGCCGAUGGGGUGGGCCUGAUUAAAAGAGUAAUCAGUGAUAAGAAGGUCAUCCUUGUUCUGGAUGAUUUGGACAACAGAGACCAGCUCAUGAAACUAGCCGGUGAGUCUAGUUGGUUUGGUCCAGGAAGCCGAAUUAUUAUCACAACUAGGAACACCGAUGCCUUAGCGCCGGAAAUCAACACCGUAGAUGACAAUAUCGUCCCAGUGCGUCAUGGAGAUUUCUUUUUUUAUGAAAUGAAGGAAAUGCAGUUUCACCAUGCUCUUCAACUUUUCCGCAAGCACUCCUUUGUAGGAGACUCGCCUCCACAAGAAUGCAGCACUAUUGCAAGUGAUAUCGUCAGAAUUACUGGAGGACUACCAUUGGCUCUUGAAGUCAUUGGUUCGUCACUCCGUUCGAAAACCAUGAAAACAUGGAAAGACACAUUGAAGAAGUUGAAGGAAGUGCCCAAUAAGACUGUCAAGGAAAAGUUGUUGAUAAGUUUUAACGAAUUAGAUUAUGAGCAACAGCAAAUUUUUCUUGACAUCGCAUGUCACUGCAUUGGUGAAGAAAGAAUCCAUGCAUAUUACUUGUGGAAAGCUUGUAAGUUUUUCCCAAUCACUGGACUCACUGCCCUCAUUCGCUUAUCUUUGAUAAAAGUCAUUGAGGAUGAUAGGCUAUGGAUGCACGACCAACUUAGAGAUCUUGGGAGAUAUAUUGUCCGGCGAGAAAGCUUUCAAUUUCCUGGAGAGUGCAGUAGGUUGUGGUGUCCGACGGACGCCUUAGACAUGGUACAGAAUAACCUGGGAACAUACAAAAUUGAAACGCUCAAACUCACAGGACUUGCCGAUGGACAUAAUUUUACGAGCGACGAAUUUUCGAGGCUGCCUAGGUUAAGGUUCCUCGAAUUGGAUGGGGGAAAUUUUGUUGGAGACUUCACAAAUCUUCUCUCAAAUCUAAAAUGGCUCUCUUGGCGCCAUUGUCCUUCUAACCUACAAGCCACCGGUUUAUGUCUAAGGAAGUUGGCCGUUCUCAAGAUUUCAGAGAGCGACAUUACUGAAGACUGGAAUGGAUGGGGAUCGUGCAUGGUGAAUGAUAACUUGAAAGUUAUAUAUCUGACAAGGUGCGAUCAUUUGAAGAGGACACCUGACUUCUCCAAGUGCGUGAAUUUGAAAAAAUUGGUUUUCAGACAUUGUCAAGAAUUGGAAAGAAUCAAUAGCUCUAUCGAUCAGCUGGGCCGCCUAAAGUACUUGGAAAUCAGUAAGAAGUAUAAGCUGGGGUCGCUGCUGAUGCCGAUGGCCUAUUUUCCCGUUCUUCAAAUAUUUGACGCAAUUGGGGGUCUCCAAUCAUUGUCAGUGCUGAAGGUAGAAAAUCAGGAUGCUUUUAGAGGACUUCCGCACUCAAUAGGAGUUCUACUGGGUUUAAAGCAUCUAUCUGUACGGGGUUGUCAGUAUAUUAGUGAAAUUCCGGAUUCAAUUGGAGAGCUGAGAUCGCUCCUCUCUUUGGAUUUAUCUCAUACUGCUGUUGCAGAAUUACCUGAUUCUAUUGGCAAUCUUAAAAGGUUGAAGUCCAUGCGUUUGGAUUGGACCAUGAUAAGAGGGCUUCCAACGAGCAUAUGGACUCUGGAGAAUCUUGAGGAGUUGAUUGCGGGAUAUUGUAGACAUCUCGAGGGCGAAAUUCCUAGUGAAAUCGCGGGACUAUCCCAAUUGAAGAUUCUGAACUUGUCCAGGAGCAAGGUUAGUGGACUGCCAAUGACAGUCAAUCAGCUUUCUAGUCUCCAAGAACUUAUUUUAAAGGAUUGUUGCGGGCUUGAGACGCUACCAGAUCUCCCAACAAGUUUAACAAAGCUAGAGUUGUCGUCUUCAACGUUGCAGGCAGUACCCGACCUCUCGAACCUCACUAAUUUACAUCAUCUGGACAUAAGUGAUUGCGCUUUUGACUGUAAGUUACAUAAAAGAACAAAAGGAUGUAUUCCAAACCCGAACCUCGAGUGGCUUGGCAGGCUCCAUAAAUUGCAGACGUUGAGACUGGUUUUUUCCCAAUGCAACUUCCCUCCGACUGACUUGAGCAUCCUUUCUCAGCUCCGGUCACUUGAAAUAACUUGUCCCGACCCACGGUCUCUGAUCCGGCUUCCGUCCAGUUUAGAAGUCUUGAGCCUAGAAGAUGUGAACACCCCAAUAGAAUGGCCAAUGUUUCCCAACCUGGGAAAUUUGUCCGAAUUGAAGCUCUCUGGAUGUCGGUUAAGAGAGAUUGAGUUUGGAAAUGUGCCUGGACAGCUAGAAAACCUCCAGCGACUGCAAGUGCGCAAGUGCAAGUCGCUCAUGAGGCUAUCGAAUCUAUCAAGCUUAAAGGAGCUCCGAGUGCUGAGCGUGGAGUACUGCCCGCAAUUAAUUGAGAUCGAAUCCCAACCAUCAUCUUCUUCAACUGGAGAUUGCAGUUCCACAGAAAGGCCCACUCCUGGUACGCUGAAGCUAGAGAAGCUCCACACUUUGAGAGUCUACGUUUGUAGAUUGGUGCAAAAGUUGCCCGGUAUCCCAAAUUCAUGUGAUGUCGAGAGGAGUUCAUUGAAGAAGAUUUGGGCCGAGCAGAUCUCGGCCCACUGA